AUGAUGUACGCGUCAAAGGAUUUUGAUAUUCGCCCACGCAAGGCUACAUCGCAUUCCGCUUUUAGGAAGGAUAACUAUUGGAUGUCCCAGAAGCGCUCGGAACCCUCACCCUGGUAUGAAUGGGAUACGAAAAUAUUGAACAACUACCAGGUGACUCAACCGUGCAAUGAGAUGCUAGCAAUGUGUUUGUGGGACUCGCGAAGCAUGAAUUGCCAGGACUUGUUCAACGCGCAGCUCACAGACGAGGGACUCUGCUGCACCUUCAACGUAGUCCACCGCGACAACAUGUUUCGUAAUCCAAGAGACUUAAACGACAUGAACUUGACAUUCCCGUCACCAUCGGUGGAUUGGACUCCCGAGGGUGGUUACCCCUCGGAUGCACCACCUGAUGGAUUUCCUUGGAAGCCCAAAGGCGUAGGUACUAAUCACGGUUUAACACUAAUCCUGGACGCCAACAUCGGGGAAUAUUACUGCGCCUCAACGAAAAGCACUGGUUUCAAGAUACUUCUCCACAAUCCAACGGAGACACCAAACAUAGCAAAGAUCGGCGAGAUCUACGGUCCGGGAAUCGAAGCGCGAGUUGCAAUACAACCAAGGAUUUUAGAUGCCCAGCCUAGCCUAAGAUACAUCGACGUCGAGAAAAGACUUUGUCUCUUCUCAAGUGAAAAGGAGCUGGUUUUUUACAGGGCGGCCACAUAUUCGAGGCGGCCAAUCGUGACAAAAAAUGCACCGAUGAUAAUAAAAUAUAUGAUGGGCGCUGGGAAAGGGGCGGCUGGAAAUUACUACAUGGGCUGGGGCCUAGGGCGGCCAAGACUA